CUCGGUGAUGAGGAAGAAGUAAGUUAGCAAGCUAGCUGCCAACAACGAUUUCCUUAUAGAAAUAGUUUUAUUUAUUCUUAAAACUACAGUCCCUCAAAAUCGUAACAAUGUCGGGAUCAAGCAACAUCGUAGCGAUGAAGAAAAUCGUCCAACAGUUGCGUCUUGAAGCUGGCAUAAACAGAGUUAAGGUGUCCCAGGCCGCAGCGGACCUGCAGCAGUUCUGCCUCCAGAACGCCCAGCAGGACCCUCUGCUCACCGGCAUGUCGUCCAGCAACAAUCCGUUCAGACCGCAGAAAGUCUGCUCCUUCCUAUAGCACCGACCCCUCUGCCUCUGUUUUGGACACUUGUGGUGCCUUGUGGACCUGGGCUACAGGACCUGUGCUGUGGACUGGAAUCGUCUCAGGAGUGUUAGGGAGUUUGGGGACAAGCAACUAACUUAAGUUGUUUUGUUUUUUUUACUUUUACCUUUUUGUAAAAUCGUAUUCAGAAACAUUUGAUGGUGCUUAAGUGGCACGAUAAAUGUCUUAACCUACAUACUUUGACGUAACUAACCCAUAUUAAACACACGUGCCUUUUGAAUUGUACUUUUUUUUUUGUGCCUGAUUUUGUGAAUAAAUAAAUGGUAUUCCCACAUUUUAAA